GCUAUUUGAUACUAGAAAUUUGGAAGAAAGGGCAUUCAGUGUUUUCGUGAAUCAGAAAUAUACCCUCUCCUACGUCAUCGUACUUCCUUAUAAGUUCCCUUUAAUCUUUCUUGAAUAGUGAGAUAGCCCAAUUUGGAAAAUAUUCGCUUUAUUGCUGUGUAAUCACUCCUAUUCCCAAGCCACUAGAGAGCUCAUCAAAUCUGACGUAACUUAUUUUUAUAGACCUCUUAAUACAUAUUGGGCAGGGUGGGGUAGAGGGUGUGGUCUGUGGACCUCUGGGCAAACAAUUGAUGAGACUGGAAGGAAAGGUAUUUGUGAAUCCUUUGAAGUAUUCUGCAAAAGUUUAUGUGCAUUUCUCCAGGGAAAGUGUGCCUUGCUUGCCUUGCUAGUAUCUUAGAGGGGUCCGUGACCUAAAGAAGAUUAAAGAAAGCACUAAAUUUGUAUUUUUAAUUGAUCAUUUCCACCCCAACAGGAAAAUUUCUCCUAGAUCUGCUCUUGUUUGCUACUGUACUUGAAGCCCUUCAGUCCAUCACGGUCUAAAUGGAGGUGGGUGGGAGAGAAUGACACAAAGAAAGAUCAGGUAUGGUUGCAGAAGUACAGGAAGAAGGACUGGUGCCAGACAGAGCUGGCAUUACAAUCCCAUCUACCAACUUAUCAGCUGUGGCCUUGACCUAGGUACUUAACUGCUCCCUGCCUCAGUUUCUUCUUCUGUAAAAUGAAGAAAAGUUGAGGUUCAAAGGUCAAUUGUGUAAAGUAUGUGUGGAGCACACAAGAUGACACUGUUAUUAUGGAGAAGUCUUAUCCUGCAGCUUCAGACAGUCCCUAACUGACUUCUCUGUAUUCUUGGGCUGAGCCCAAUUUUCAAGGCUGGUAGGAUAGGUUGGGCAUCAGACCUCUCCAAUGAUUUAAUUGAACACGGUUGAGCUGGAAUUUCCAAAACCCUCAGGGCCAAACUCACCUUUUCACUGCCGAUUCUUCUUUCCUUCUGUCUCUUAGUACUCCCCCCAGGGCUCAAUGAUUCUUGACAAAAGCUCUAGUUCACUUUAGGAGAGCAGAAAGGGAGAGGAAAUGAUCUUCCAAAAUUAAAGAUGAAGACCUUCACUUAGUAAGGUUGUAGUUCAACCUUUUGGCCUCUAGAGGGCAGUGUGGAUACGUUCCCCUCAGGUUCACAGCCAGCCAAUAACUAAGUUUUCAGUACUGCACCAAAGGAUGAAAGGAUAAUGGCAAACGUAUUCUUAGUGCUCUCCACUGUGUGAUUAUGAGCGAUUAUAAUCUUUAUACUUGGGGGUAUUAAAAUAUUGUUCUAGUUAUGACAAUGAUUUUUUAAUUGGCUUAACUUAAAAAAAGUCGGUAUUUGUAUUGUUCUAUACUUUGGGAAGAAAAUAGACAUGUCCAAGGGAACUAGUCUUUGAACCACUAUUUAAGCUUCGUUUCUGUAUUUAUUCUUGGAUAUAAGAGAAUUGAGCGCUUGACCUUGUUUUCACUAAAAGGCAAACCGGGCUGUUUUGCAACACAGAUGUUUGUCAAAAACAGGGUAGAGGUGGAGCUCACAGCCGGGAGAAUGCCGGCUGGAUUCCCAGGCCUUCUCAGUGAACGCCUUGUGUCACAGCCGUAGGGGCAGGGCGGGGGCGUCUCAAAACCUCCCACCUCUCCGCCCAAGCUUUGGAGUCCUCGUCACCUUCCACUGCCCAGUUCUGGACAACAGUGAGAGUCCCAUUCCUUGUCGAGCGGGGAUUGGAAACAAAAAACAGCCAGUCUUAGCUCCAAGCCCUCGUGGCACCCCUCCUGCCUCCGCCUCCAGAAGGCGGGCACAGCAGCUUGCAGGCGCGCGGCCAGCCAAUAGCUGGGGAUGAACAGAAAGGCGAGAGUGCUCCUUCACUCGGCCCCAACGUCACGAUGCUGGCCCCGCCCCUUCGCCAGCAGUCUCUGGGAGCCGGGCGGGUAAGCCAGCCACCCUGCGGACGCCGGACGCCGAACCCGAACCCGUUUCUCGGCCUGCCCCCCUUUUUAGCAUUUCGCCAGCAAUUGGGACUCUUCUUACUCUUCCUGGAUUUGGCCUUCCUGGGGUCAGUGAGCUGCUCAAUGCUGUGAGGAACGAACUGCUGCAGGGCAGAGAGGGGGAAAAUUACUUCUUUAGCCCACUCCCUGACACCAAAGCCAUUAACUUCUCCAUUUGCUGAGUUCACGGGAAUGGCAUAGACAAGGUAGGGGUGAGAACCCUAGGUUGGUGUCCAGUUCCCAGCCAGGUUCAAUUUUCUUUUUUCCUAAGGUUGGUAGAAGGAAAGGAAGGGACUGAAAGGCCUUCAAAAACCAUGUUAUUAUGUGUUUGCUCCUCACAGCCGCUCUGCCAGGUAGAUCUCAUUUCAUAGAUGAGGACAUAAGUUCUGAGAGAGUUGGUAUUUUGCCCAGGAAAUGGAGCUGGUUAAUGGUAAGGCUCAUUUCACAAACCCAAAACAGUUUGACUCCCCAGAAUCUGAGCUGGUUCACCCUGUUAGGCUGCCACUGCCUUUUUCAUGUUUUUGUCCCUAAGUUGGUCUGCCUCUCAUUUGUCCUCUGCUGACUUUGGAAAUAAUAAACCAGCAAACUGGACAGUCGACAUUUUGACUUCUGACCUUUAGGCCCUUGGACCUGAACAUUGGUCUCUGUAGUGGAUAGAGUAGAGAAUGGAGGAUGGUGAUUCUAGAAGCCCCCUACCCACUACCCCAUUCCCUUCCAUCCUGUCAGCACAGUCUCUUUGAAGUCCUUUAUGUUUUCUCUAAGGACCCAUUUGGACCUCCCCCCACACAUAGUCCCUUCCUUUGGCCUCAUUACCACAGAAAAAGUCUCUUCAUUUGCCCAGAGAGCACCUUGCUGACCUCUGUGUCUUCCUUCCACUCAUUUCCUCAAGUUUCACUAAUAUCAUCCCCUCCCAGAACUCCUUAUCUUGAUCCUGGAAUCUCUUUCCCACAGGUCUGUCACAAUGCUGCUGCACAGGGCUGUGAUCCCCCAUCUCCGACAGGCCUGCAGACUCAAGUCAGCCCCCUCGAGGCUCUAUAUUCGGGCUUGCUCUACAGAUGAUUCACUUCAGCCCCAGUGCCCCAGCCUUGCCUUCUCUGGUGAUAACUCCAGCACCGGGGGAUGGAAAGUCAUGGGGACUCUGCUAGGCCUGGGUGCAGUGUUGGCCUAUCAUGACCACCGGUGCAGGGCUACUCAGGAGUCACCACACGUAUACACAAGAGAGGAAGUGAGAUCUCACAGCAGCCCUGAGACUAGGAUCUGGGUGACUCUGGGCUGUGAGGUGUUUGAUGUUACAGAAUUUCUGGACUUACACCCUGGGGGGCCAUCAAAGCUGAUGCUAGCAGCAGGGGGUCCUCUAGAGCCCUUCUGGGCCCUCUAUGCUGUUCAUAACCAGCCCCAUGUGCGUGAGAUGCUGGCUCAGUACAAGAUUGGGGAGCUGAGCCCUGAAGACAAGGUACCUUCCACCUUGAAAACCUCUGACCCCUACAUUGAUGAUCCUGUACGUCACCCAGCCCUGAAGGUCAACAGCCAGCGCCCCUUUAAUGCAGAGCCCCCCCCCGAACUGCUGACAGAAAACUAUAUCACACCUAACCCUAUCUUCUUCACCCGGAACCAUCUGCCUGUACCUAACCUGGACCCAGAAACCUAUCGUCUGCAUGUAGUAGGGCCACUUGGGGGUCAGUCACUGUGCCUAUCCCUGGAUGACUUGUACAAGUUCCCCAAACACGAGAUCACUGUAACUCUGCAGUGUGCUGGCAACCGGCGCUCUGAAAUGACUCAGUUCAAAGAAGUGAGAGGUCUGGAGUGGAAUAUCGGGGCCAUUAGCACUGCACGCUGGGCUGGGGCACGCCUUUGUGAUGUGUUAGCCAAGGCUGGUCACCAACUCUGUGAAACUGAGGCCCACGUCUGCUUUGAGGGACUGGAUUCAGACCCCACAGGGACUGCCUAUGGAGCAUCCAUCCCUCUGGCUCGGGCCAUGGAUCCUGAAGCUGAGGUCCUGCUGGCAUACGAGAUGAAUGGGCAGCCUCUGCCUCGUGACCAUGGCUUCCCUGUGCGAGUGGUUGUUCCUGGUGUGGUGGGUGCCCGCCAUGUCAAAUGGCUGGGCAAAGUGAGUGUGGAACCAGAGGAAAGUUACAGUCACUGGCAGCGGCGGGAUUAUAAAGGCUUCUCUCCAUCUGUGGACUGGGACACAGUAGAUUUUGACUCAGCUCCAUCUAUUCAGGAACUUCCUGUCCAGUCAGCCAUCACAGAACCCAAGGAUGGGGAGACAGUACAAUCAGGGGAGGUGACUAUCAAGGGCUAUGCAUGGAGUGGUGGUGGGAGGGCUGUGGUCAGGGUGGAUGUGUCUCUGGAUGGGGGCCUAACCUGGCAUGUGGCAGAGCUGGAUGGAGAGGAACAACGUCCCAGAAAGGCCUGGGCCUGGCGACUAUGGCAGCUGCACGCCCCUGUGCCGGCUGGGAGAAAGGAAUUGAACAUUGUUUGUAAAGCUGUAGAUGACAGCUACAAUGUGCAACCAGACACCGUGGCCCCAAUCUGGAACCUGCGAGGUGUGCUCAGCAAUGCCUGGCACCGUGUCCAUGUCCAUGUCGCCCCAUAAGAAGGUGAAAUGGAAUUACCUACUCCCCAGAAUCAUCAUCUCAACCCCUUUCCACACACAUCCUUUUGCCUUGUUACCACAGGAAAACCUUUCCUUCCACCUCCACUUCUUGGAUCACAACCCUAUACUAUGCCUUCCUAAACCACACACAGAUAUGCACAUUGCACAUUUUCACCCAGACACCAGCUCUCCUUUGACACUAUGUUACAUAUCCCUAUUAUGCCAGAAGUUGAGAGCUGUUGAAGAUGGAGGCUAGAAGUGGGGAAAUUUCUGUAAACAAGCACUCUUCUCCUCCUACCCCACCUCCACUUCUAGUGUCUAUCAUCACUUUAUUUGGCUUUUCCUCUUGGGAGUCUUCAGAGAAUGUGUGUGGAUAUGUGUACAAAAAAUGUAUAUGCAACUUUCUACUGACUUUCUGGUUGCCAGGGGUCGUGAGAGGUGCAAUCCUGCCCCUUUAUAGUUCCACUUUUCUAAACACAUCAAUAAAGUAUCUGUUUAAGACA